GAGAGAUCAGAAUAGAAGAGGAAAAACCCAGCAAGAAGAUCUUGAAGACUAACCAAACAACAAUAUGAAGUACACAAGGGUCAUUUACAUUGUCACUGUCCUGAUGUUUCAGCUAAUUACAUCUGGAACUAUGAGAAGCCAGUGUGGUGGUGCAUGUUUAUAAUCCCUCCUACUGGGGAGGCUGAGAUUGGUGGAUCACUUGAGCUACAGAGUUCUGAGCUGCAGUAGGACUGAAGCCAGUGAAGUACUCCAGCACCAACAUGGAGAGAGUUGGAUUGCCAGAAAAAAAUGUCAUUAGCCUUGAAAACAAUGCUUUUGAUGACCAAUAUGUGGGCUGUGAAGACAAAAUGAAGAUGUGGGCAAAAAAACUCUUAGAUCAAGAAAGGGAAAAGGACUUAAAUUUCAACAAAGUUUGGGAAAAAGCAGAAAAAGAAUGGGAAAGUAUGUCUACUGAGAAGAAAACAAUGGAAAAGCCAUUUGAAAUUGCUGUGAUUGCCUACACAAUGGAUGAAAAUAUGUUUUAUAAAGACUUUAAUCAAGCAGUGAGAGAAUGCUGUAAGUCCCGGGAGGCUUAUAUGAACAACUUCCAUUUCAAAGCUUUUCAUUUCUAUCUGACCAGAGCUCUUCAAAUCCUGAGAGGACCAUGCUACAAUGUUUAUAGGGGCGUCUCUGUGAAGCAGUACCCUGAUGGGACACGGGAGAUGCGCUUUGGUCAAUUUGCUUCAACUUCUUUUUAUGAAAAUGUGGCCAGAAACUUUGCAAAUGGCUCAGGGACUUUCUACAAAGUGUAUACCUGUAAAGGGGCUAAAAUUGAACACUUAUCAGUCUUUCCACAUGAAAAGGAGGUGUUGAUUCCCCCAUAUGAAGUGUUCACUGUCUCUAGCUUCUCAGAUUUUGAAUAUUUAAAAAAAUUUGAGGUAAAGAGCAAUGGAAUAUUUAGCAAAUUUAACUGCGCCUACCUAGAAGCUCCUGGAAAUAAGGCAGUGGGCCCUGGACAACUGACAACCAUCUUCUUCUCUGGAGUUUUCACCCUGGUCUUCCAAGCUCAUUCCCAGCUCUUGACAGGGUUCUGACUACACAGGACACCCAUAUAGUCAGUGAUAUCUUGGGAAAUAUUAUGAACUGGCUUUUCCCUUCCCCCAAAAAGGAAUGAACCCACAACACACUUUAAAAUAUAAUCUGCUUUAUUAAUAUUUUCUAUCACUUUCUUAUGUCUAGACUAGCAAUAAAACAAUAACUGAUGUGUUCCAUGCCUAUUUCUCAGCAUAAACAUUAACACUGAAAAUUUAACAAUCAAUCAGCUUUCUCAGGCAAGUUGGAUCUGCAUGUAGGUCUCUCAGCACCAUGGACUGAGGCAAUGUCUAGUUAUAGAUAACUCAACUUGGUCCUAAAGAAGAGGGGGACGGUUUGAGUUUAGUCUUAUCUUUCCCCACAAUAACCCAUAGCAGGGGUUAACAUGGAAAUGUUUUAAAGGUUUCACAUAAUCAUAAACUGUGAGAUUAUCACGUUGAAAUCAUAGAUAAAUGAUUUCUCACCAUUAGUUGGCUUUU